UCCUGUGUAAAAGGAUUAAAGCAACAAUGGCUAAUAGGUGCCAUGUUAGAUCAAUUAGCUUACCUUCAAGAUCCCAUCCUACCACUAUUAGAAUUGAAGAAGAGCUGAGCAAGCUCAAACCAUUGGAAGCAUCAUCAGCAUCAACUUUAAGCUCACUUUGCUUUGAUCUAUCAGGAGUAGAUGGCCUGUACCAUUGUGUGAAUGAUCUACUCCACUUGGCAUCAACCCAACAAGUUUUGUCUCGCCAUCAAAGUCAAAAAUGCCUCAACCAGUUAAUAGAUUGGUCUGUGAGGCUUAUAGAUGCUUGCAGCAUUACAAGGGAUGCCAUGUUGCAGUUUAAAGAACAAGUUCAAGCUCUUCAAUCCGCUCUUCGCAGGCGAAAAGGAGAUUUAAGCAUUCAAGAAAACAUUGAUGAUUAUUCUUGUUUCAGAAAGAAGAUGAGAAAAGAGGCUAAUAAGUUGAUUGCAGAACUUAAGCAAAUGGACAACAAACUUGGAGCACUUCAACUCCCAAAUCAAGAUCAACACCUCUCAGCUUUGAUUCGUGUUCUUAGAGAAGUAAAUGUAAAGAAUAGUUCUGUUUUCCAAUCGUUCCUGUUGUUCUUGGCAACACCAGUAUCAAAGCCAACACAAAGUAGGUGGUCAAUGGUUUCAAAAUUGAUGCACAAGAGAACACCAGCAUGUGAAGAAACUCAAGAAAUUGUAAAUGAGCUACAGAGUGUUGAUUAUGCAUUAAAUGAGAUGUCCAAUGUUGACAACAUUCAAAUUGCACGCAAAAAGCUGCAGGACUUGGAGAUCAGCAUUGAAGAGCUUGAGAAUUGUCUGGAGAGAGUGUUCAGGCACUUGAUUAAAACAAGAGCCUCCAUUUUGAACAUUUUCUCCCAAUAGAAAACCCUGAAUAUAGUUAGACUCUGUCUUCAGCCUU